AUAAACCCUGCACGUCUGAUGGUGGGGAGGAGUAGCUGUAAACCAGUCAUUGCCAACAGAGACUUUGCCGUUUUCAAGUUUGGGGUGACGGAGUGUGGAACACAUUCUUACCAAAUUGGAGAAACAACCGUUUACUUGGCUGAAGUGCAGUCACCAAUCAGGAAGCGCGUCCUGCAGUACGGCAUCAUUACCAGGGAUAUUCCUGUCAGGCUUAUGGUUGAGUGUCGCUACUCAAAGGGCAGUUUGGACCUUGCGGACUCUCCGGUCCUUGCAGACCCUCUGGCGCCGCAGGCUUCUCAAAGCCGUUUGAUGAAGGGCUGGGCUAGUGCUGGAUACAUGGUGAAGAGUGCCAGCCUGCCAGCCUUGGUGAGGGCCAAGGGACUGUAUGGAGUCCAGCUUCGGAUUGCGCAGGAUGAGACCUUCACCAAAUUCUGCUGAGGAUCACCAGCCCCUGAAAGUUCUCCUGGGUAAACCUGUGUACCUGGAACUGCGA